AUGAAGGAGGUCCCAGGCGGAGGGUUCUCGGUUGAACGUGGACCCGCAUCGGACAGUCCUUGCACUUUGAAACCCACGCCCACCGUGACGUAAAGCACCGCCCACCGGGCGAAAUGACGUGAAAAGAAUGUGUCCCAUCUCACCCCCGCUCCACCCACCACUGACGCCCUCCUGUUACACAAGGAGAGGAUUAUAUUAAUGCAUUCGUUUACGAACCGGCUGCCACCCCGGUGUGAGCCAGGUGCCAAAUUAUGAACGACGGCGAAAUCGGCUCAAAACAAAAGUGACGUAGUAAUGAGUAGGAUUCUGUGUUUUCAAAUGCAGAAGUGAUUGCUUUUGAUACAAAAUACUUUAUCUGAAUUCCCAAUGAAAACUACUUUGAAAAUUCGAACAUAUACUUGUAUUUUAUGGAAAAUAGAUGUAUGUUUCUGAACUACGCAUCAUGCUGUCGUGUUGUCAACAUGACCGAGCGGCGCAGAUUACUGUUCGAUUUGAGAUUAUUAGAAAGGCGCUCCUCCCUUACUGCUGUUGCCCGUUCAUGUCACGGAGACCUUAGCCCGGUGCACUUAAUCGAACUCCCUCAAGAUUGACGGGCACUAUCUCUGCAAAGUUUGUGUGACAACCUCGAUGGUCUAUUCCGACAAUUGUCAAGAAUUGUGAUUACGCCAGACAGGUAGGCUACAGCGAUCACGAACAUGGCCAUCAAUCAAUAUUAUAGAAAAUUGCUUGCCAAAUCCGAAUUAAGUUACACUCCAAAGACUAAGCGACUGAGGAAUGUGUGUUCAUUUGGGUGUAUGUUUUCCUCAAUUAUUACUAUAGGCCUAUAGUCAGUGGUGGAAAAACUAUCCAAUAGUCAUACUUGAGUUAAAGUAAAGAUACCUUAAUGGAACAUGACUCAAGUAAAAGUCACCCAGUAAAAUACUAGUAAAAGUAUAAAUCAUUUCAAAUUCCUUAUAUUAAGCAAACCACACUUCACCAUUUUCUCUUUUUUAAAUUUAAUUUAAGGAUAGCCAGGGGCGCACUUCACAACUCAGACAUCUUUACAAAUGAAGCAUUUGUGUUUAGUGAGUCCACCAGAUCAGAGGCAGUAGGGAUAACCAGGGAUGUUCUCUUGAUAAGUACGUGAAUUUGACAAUUUUCCUGUCUUGCUAAGCAUUCAAAAUGUAAUGAGUACUUUUGAGUGUCAGGGAAAAUGUAUGUUGUAAAAAGUACAUUAUUUUCUUUAGGAAUGUAAUGAAGUAAAAGUAAAAGUUGUCAAAAAUAGAAAUAAUAAGCUACAGAUACCCCCAGAAACUAUAUGUGUUUAAACCUAUUCCUAUUAGAGAAGUAUGCUAAACAGAAAUUGUAGGAUAGGCUAGAUUAAGCCUGUAGUGUAGUAUAGAUCUUUACCCUCCCCACGUCACUGUAAUGCCAGCCUGGCAGGUAAACCUAGCUUUUCAAUAGCCUAUUCCCUGCAUUCUAAAUGUAAAUAUGACAGGGCAUGUCUUCCAAAAAUGUCUACAAGGUUAGGUAGGCAAUGGUUAGCCUACUACAAGUCUACAGUGUUAGGCAAAUAUUAGACAUUUAUAAAGAAGUGUACUUAAAUAGUAUAGAAUAGUUUAUUCAUGUACUUAAAAUCCCAACUUUGACCAACAGGCUUCAUCCUCCCAAUUUAAAUCAGUUUCUAUUUAUGUGCAUUAGUUAGGCUACAGGUUAAAUGAAUGAGAAAACAUGGUUGCCCUGUGGUCACUAUGAGAUCCUGAUUGUGUAUUUUGUUUUCUUCUAGGUUACACAAAAUAGCUAGGGCCAUGCCUUUAUUUCAUCCAACACUUCUGUUGGUUCUGGUAAGCUUCCAAGCCUGCUCUACACACAGCCAGGAGGCUGCCUCCAACAUGGCCCCACCAGAGGCCAUUGAGUAUAACAGAACCGUCUAUGCAGUCUGCAAAAUGAGACCCAGCACCAAGCUAGGCGAAGGUCUAACUAAGGUGUACGGACAGGUGCUGUUCAAGCAGGAAUACCCUGAGGGAACCCUCAAAGUCCUCUUUCUUCUCCAUGGUUUCCCCAGUCAGAGUGAUCAUCAGCCAAAAGCUGUCCACAUCCACCAGUACGGGGAUUUCAGCGAGGGCUGCGAUUCCACAGGCGGUCAUUACAACCCUUACAGGGUCCCCCAUCCCCGCCACCCAGGAGACUUUGGGAACUUUGUGGCCCACCAGGGGAGGGUUCACAAGUUGACUGAAUCGGAGGCCACUCUGUUCGGGGGGCCGUCGGUGCUGGGGCGGGCGGUGGUGGUCCAUGAGAAGGCAGACGACCUAGGCCAGGGUGGUGAUGCAGGGAGCCUGCUACAUGGUAAUGCUGGGCGGAGGCUGGCGUGCUGCGCCAUCGGGAUGAGCAGUCCCAAACUGUGGGAUAAGCACCAUCAUCGACAGCAGAGAAGAAGGGGAUGAGAAUCGUAGUUUAUUCUUCUCUUUUCUUUUUUCUGAGCUCACCACCUUUCAUCAGAGGACAACUUAAUUUCAAAGCUUUAUUUUUUCCAGUUCUAAAUUACAAAAAGGUUUCCUUCUCCUUUAAAGUCAUGUUUAUCUUUUAUUUUAAGGGAUAGGACCGGUUUACCAAAGCUGAUAGCAAUUAAUGUAUCUUGUAUUAAAAAUAACUUUUAAAGACCUUUAUUGAAAUUCCAAGAGUG